UCCCUCACCCCCCAGCUCCCCGCCUCGCCUGCUGCCUACCAGCCGCUAGCAAGUUCGCCUCACGCUUCCUCCUUCGCUUUCGUCCUUUUCUCCUCAAAAUCCACAUCGUUCUGCUACCGAAAGCCGCACAAAUCUGCUGAGGAAACCGACAGCUGGGAACAGAAGUAAACUUGGUCUAAAUUAACGGCGGAAAAAAAGCUCCUGAGACAAACCGAUGAUGGGACGCAGCUGGUUAUAGAAUCGAUUCGCUUUUAUUUGCGUUUUGUUUGCUUUUACCGGAGGAGUGAAGAGGAUUCGGCACUUUUCUCCCCCUGAGCAAAACAAGAGGUCUGCACAGACAGGUUUCGCAUCAGAGGAACUAAAGGAGAUAUUGGAGGUACAAUGAGAAGAAGAGACACGGGAGAAACAGGAGGGACAAGAAUGCGACUCAAGUAGAAAGCAGCGGACGCGCUUCACCACAAAGUGCCUGGAUGUGCUGGAUGCUGCAGCAGCCUCGUGCCGGCGCAUGCUUUUUUUUCCCACGCUGCUGUCCCCCCCAGACCUGACUGCUUGCCUGUAAGUGUAUCUGUGAUUGCGCUUGGCCUUGACUCGGGCUAUAUUUCACUCUGACAGGCAAACAGUCAAUCGGCCUAUUUGCUGUUCCUCGAUCUCGAGCCUCCCCCACCUCGCUCUCAAUAUCAUCCAGUUAAUACAAGGACAGUCGACUCGUUUCUUCUUUUGUACCUUCAUCUGCUGUUGUCUGGAAAUGUGAGGAGAAUCUCUAGAAAAUCUUCAUGCAGCAGGACAGCCUCUUUUAAGAAUCCAAAGGUGGGAAAAGUGGAAAAAGUUGUCGUAUAUGAGACCGGACAGCCACCGCAGCCCAGAAGAACGUGUCCGUCUGCACUUUUAGUGCCUCAGUCUGAGUAAAACGGUCCAGAAGCAGUCACAGCAUGCCUGAGUGACCUGCUCUGCCUCAGCCUCCUUCUCCUGGACACACCUGCUCCUGGAGUCCUAGAUUCUUCAAUAUUGUUCUUGUUAAAGCUUUUCCACUAUUCUGUCUGAACAUUAGAGCAUGUUUCUUUUCUUGUACCAGACUGUUUUUUGUGCUGCGGCAAAGUGAUUUUUUUUUUUUGUCCUGCUACGUGCGCUUUUUAACCUUCAUACCCCCAGACGACCUUUAACUCCACCUAAAGCAUCCGCUAAUCAUGGCCGUCAACAUCGCCGUAGGCCGGGACACCAAGUGGCUGACACUAGAGGUGUGUCGCGAGUUCCAGAGAGGCUCAUGCUCACGUUCCGACACCGAGUGCAAGUUUGCUCACCCCUCUCGCACCUGCCACGUGGAGAAUGGCCGCGUCAUUGCCUGCUUCGACUCUCUCAAGGGUCGCUGCACACGUGAUAACUGUAAGUACCUGCACCCGCCGCCACACCUGAAGACCCAGCUAGAAAUCAAUGGCCGGAACAACCUGAUUCAGCAAAAGGCGGCAGCUGCCAUGUUGGCUCAGCAGGUGCAGUUCAUGCUGCCUGGAGCCCAGCUACAGCCCAUAACCACGUUCCCAGUAUCACCCUCGUUGGCCACCACACAGAGUAUGGCUUUAAAUCCAUACAUGGGCCACAUGAACCCUGGCAUCAGCCUCAUGCCCGAGCUGCUGCCCAGCACCCCCGUGCUGGUCCCGGGAAGCCCCACGGGCAUCUCUGUGGGCAACGGCAACUCCACUCAGAAGCAUGUUCGCACAGACAAGCUUGAGGUGUGCCGUGAGUUCCAGCGGGGCAACUGCACGCGGGGUGAGAACGAGUGCCGCUACGCUCACCCAGUAGAGGCAGGCAUGGUGGACGGCAGCGAGAACUCCGUCAUUGUGUGCAUGGACUACGUCAAGGGCCGCUGCUCGCGCGACAAGUGCAAGUACUUCCACCCACCGGCACACCUGCAGGCCAGGAUUAAAGCAGCACAGCAGCAACAAGCCAGCCAGAGUGCAGCAGCAGCUAUGCCUGCAGCGCGUCCUCCGAAGCGCAGCCUGCACUCAACCCCUGACCUGGCCCUGCCUCCAGGCAGCAUGCAACAGAUACCAAAGAGGCCCACCCUGGAAAAGAGUAACGGUGCUGCAGCCAUCUUCAACCCCAGCAUGUUUCACUACCAGCAGGCUCUGGCCAGCAUGCAGCUGCAGCAGCCGGCCUUCAUCCCCACAGGUUCCCUGCUCUGCAUGACUCCAUCUGGAGCCAUCGGGCUUUUCAAACCUCCCGGCCCACUGGCAGAGGGCCGCUGGGAGAGGCGGGAUUGGAGCAGCUGCCGACCCCCCCACAGCCGCUACCUAUCAGGGCCUGGACAGACUGUUCCCAUGAUGCACGGUGCCACCACUUCCACUGUUUCGUCGGCUACGACCCCAGUCACCAAUGUUCCUUUUGCCGAAUCAGCUGCCUCCAAUCAGACCCCGCCGAGGUACUGACUGCGGACCCUGUCGACCUCCACUGCAUUCCUGUGGAAACACACCUCUGUCCAAUCCCCAAACUGCUGGUGGCGGCACCGGUGAGCCUGAACUCAGUAAGCCUCGGCCGCAAUCUCAGUUAACGCACCACUAUCGCCACCCCCAAAUCCAACCACCCCACAGAGACAUGAAAGCAACAAACGUGUGCCUAAUCAGUGCGUCCAGCAAGGACAACCCUUUCAUCCUCUUAUUUGAUGCCCCACAUUAACAAACAUCAGCAAAAAAUGGUUUGUUGAUGCUAAAACAGGCAAUAUUGAAGCUAGGACCUUCAACUGUUUAAGGAAGUGUGCCAUGAUGCAAGGAGACUUAAGAAGCAUGAAGAUGCUGAAUCUGAGCACUCCUUUGAAUUCACAGCCAUACAAGUACACAGAUUUGUAGACCUACACACGCACACAUAUACACACACAUACACACACACUAAGUUGAGAACAGUGCAUCCUCCUCAGAUAAGAGUGAGGUCUCAGACCCGGAUUAAUCCAUUGUGAAUAGUAAAGCUGAGGCUUGAUGUCACCUGACAGCACACAUGAUACUGUAAAAGUGUAGAAAACAAGAAUGUAAUGUGCACAGGGCUUCGGUCAGAGAUGGGUGUGUAUGAGAGCUUUUUUGAAAGCACUUUUUAACUUUUAUUUUAAUCCCUACAGUUACCUGAGCUUUUUUUUUUUAUUCUCAGAGAUUUACACUUUAUUGUCCAGGUAAUUAACAAGAAUAACAAUGAAAACUAAACGUGAGCCAUGUAGCUCAAAUGAAUUACAACUACAUUUGGUGUGAAUUGGUCUUGUUUCUCAAAAAACUUGACCAAUUUCUUCUCAGACUAAAAAAGGACUGCAAGCAAGUACAACAGUUAAAAAGCAAGCAUGUCAUUCCUAUUCUACAUCCCAAUCCACUUUUUUUUUACCAUUAAUGAGUGAUUGGUUUAAAGCCUAAAACCUAAAAACUGCAGUUGCUUGACUAGAGGAAGUGUGAUUUCCCCCCCCCAGCUUAGACAUACCACAGAUUUGUUUACGUGAAACAUUCAGACUGAGGUUAGGUAGCUUCCUGCGUGAAUACCUCCUUUUUCUUAAUGCAAUCCGCCUUAAGCAGAAGUGUCGCCGUACCUGCAUGUCUUAUUGUGUAUGACAACGUACACUAAUCUGUAGGGUCUGAUUACAGCCCUAUAGCCAGCACUGCACAGGAGGUCUGAUAGAUGACUAGCUCAGGAUGAGUCUGAUCACCAUACUGUGAUAAGCAGUGCCAGCACAGCAGCUGUGGCCGUCGAUUGGAGCAGCGCCAUUUCAAAGCCCAACUGUUCCUCUGUAGUUAGCAUGUCAGAGCGUAUUACUCAUCUCCUGCUUUUUCUUUUCUUUUUUCCCCCCGUUUUCAUAAUACACUGAUCUGUACGUUUGACUUGGUUUAUCAGAGGCAUUGUGAUAAAUUAGGGUCUGCCACCAUCUCUGCUCCUGUCUUUCCCUUAUCGCGUGGACAGUCCCUGCCAAACUCCAUGGCCCAGUCCCUCCUACUGUGUGACAGUCUGUUUGUCUGUGCUUAUUGCUUAGCCCUGUUUGUUACAUCUCACAGUAACACAAGAUCUUGGAACUGUCUAUGCUGUGAUAUUCGCAGUAUGACAGCAACCAAAGCAACGCUUCUAGGGUUUUAUAAAACCUUUUUUAAAUUUGAAGCUAAUGUGCACAUCUUAAAAUGUAUACGUACAUUAUAUAAUGAGAGAGAGAGAAAAUAUAAUUAAAAACAAUGAAUGUAGUUGAAAGCUCCAAAAAGACAUCACAGAUUGGGAAUCGGCGGAAAAAUGAAUGCUUGGAGUCCACUAGCUCAGAAUAAGGAUGUUUGCUGCAAUCCUACUGUCCUGUUAAAUUACUAAUGGCAGCGGUACAAUUUUAUACAACAAGUCUACUGCUUUAUGUGUCAAUGACUCUAAAAGCUGGGUCACUCUGUGCCAAUCAGUGUAAAAAAAACAACAAAAAAACGGAGUAGUCAUUACAUGCCAAAGCCCAACAAGCAGACUGAUUGAAAAUGUUAUUUUCCCCACAGCUAAUGCAAUCAUUAAUGCUGUGCUUUCUUUCAGGCUUUCAAGCUUUCCUAAUUCACUCACCUCAUACUGCUGAACCAUAUGAUUGGUGCUCCUGUAGCUAACUUGCCAUGUGUGGACUAAAGGCCAUUUGUGAUCUGAUCUACAGCAAAACCUUUUAGAAGCUUUAAUUGGAGUAGAUGCUUGUUUUGAAAGAACAAAUACAGUGAUGUAAGAUAAAGCACCAACCGAGGCCUGAAACUUUUUUUUGUAAUAGUAGUGGGUGUGUUUACCUUUUCUUUUAUUUAUUUAUUUUUCAACUUUGCAACUCGCUGAUUUAAUCAUGAUUAAGAUUUCUGUGUAUUAUGUUUUUGAAAUAUGUGUCUGUUUUUAAUUCACCUUACUGAUUCUGACCACUUAUUGUGUCCUUAUGUUCAAAAGUCCACAGACUCUAAAAGACCAGGGCAAAGCAGACUGUCAGCCAUACGAGCGCUUUAUUUCGCGUUGUGCUAAAAGCAGUAAUUCUGCAGGAGAAAAGUGCCGAGGUGUAGAGGAGAUGCGGGGGAUCAGCUGUAGCCGGGGUACUGACCAACCUCACUUACAAAAACAUUGCCAGGAAAGGGCCUUAUAUUCAUUUGAAUGUGACAUUUAAGACAAAGAAGAAUGUCAUUAAAGCUUGAGGAUGCCUGUCUCACCUUUUUUCCCUCCUGAAACAAACCACAACAUAUUUUAACAUAUCAAGGGAGUAAACUUCUCCCAAUGCCAUUCACUGUUAAUGUACUAUAGAAACAAGGUUCUAAGAGACUUGUCAAGAACCUUCGUCGUCAUCGUCGUCGUUACAGGAAACAGCUGUGCUGUUUUGUACAGAUAGCCACACCAAUGAGAAUACUUCGAUGGUCAAACACUGCGUCUAUUUAAAAAAAAGAGAGAGACAGAGAGAGAGAAAGAGAGGACCUGUGUGGAAAUAGUGUAUUUGUGAGCAUUUAUUUUGUCUAGAUGAGACUCUCCAGGCCAAAUGCUCAGGGCCUGUUUUCUAAACAUUAAUCAAGGUUAACCCAUGACUAAAGCUGUCAGUUUUAAUGCCCAUUGACAGUUUCAUUUAGUCUCUUCAACAUCUUCAAGCCUUGAAAAACGGGCCAGAAGGAAUGUUCUGCUUUAUUACAGUUAUACAAGAAAAUAAACAUGAAGUGCUGAAAAAGUCAGAAGAGUCAUCUGAGGUCAAAUGCAAACUCAACAAGACAAUAUACUGUGUUACUGGAGUUUCUGUGUUGUACACAAUUUAUAAAAUGUUAAGGUGUGGGUAUCUGUAAAUGUUGGCCGUUCAAUUGUUUAAGAGUAUAUUAAGCUGUUGAUUUGUAUAACGGAAUAUUUAAUGUAGUUGGGCAAGCCUCAUUGCCUAGCUAAGGUAUAGAUUUCUCUCUCUCUCUCUCCCUCCCUCCCUCCCUUUAUCAAUUUUUUUCUCUCAUAUCAAGAGUUAUGCCUUCUCCAACUGCUAUCCAGCAGGAAUUAACAAAAUACUUGAUUAAGGAAAAAAAAAACAUGCCUUGUUUGGGGCUUUAGUGUUUUAAGAACACUCACUUUUUAAGAAGUGUGUAUUCAUGUGUAAUGUACUUAGAUAAUCUUAGAUGUACAUAUUACUAGUGCAUCCUUGCUAUAGUUUUGUCACCAUUAAGGUCUCGUAACCUUAAUGUCAUUCUCAAUGGUACUUAUUUUAGCUGUAUUUCCACAUGUUAAGUAAAUUUAUUGCGAGUUUUACAUUUGGAAACGGAACACGUUUUAGUUCACUUGCUCAUUAAUGAUUUAUUCAGUUACUUAUUCUACAGCAUAAACUCUCAUUGCAUGGAAAUGGAAAUAAUCUAAAUAAUCUGAUACAUAGUUUGUGUAGUUAGUAGUAAAUAAAGUAAAAAAUAAGAACUAUCUAUAUAAAUAUGAAUCUAUAUACACAUUUGUAUUACAAUGAGCAAUUCAUUGUAACUUGAUAGUAAGUUGUUGUUGCUAUGGCAACAAAACUACAACAUGGCUACCUUUGUGAAUCUUGUGAAUUUUUUCACACUUUCAAUUGAAUUAAUGUACAAGGUUAACUUAUUCAGAAAGGGAAUGUGUAGAUAUCUUACCUUGGAUUAAAAAAUUAUGCCUAUUUUAUACAAAAAAAAAUCCUCAAGUCCAAAAUCCAUUUGGAGAUGUCAUGUUAUUUCUUUUUUUAUGAUUUCAUAUUUUUCUAAUGGGAUACUUGUUUGAGAUAUGAGUCUGACGAGUCAGUGUUCAAGCUUUAGUACAGACUUGUUGGAUCAAAACUGGAUACCCUUCCAUAAUUGGCUGAGAUAUUCUGGUGCAAAUCUGUCUCUUCAGGUGGAGAGUCAUCUUUUGUUUUGGUUUUGUUUUAUUUUUUAAAAAAGGGCUGUCUGGACUGGUAGACACCAGAAAGGAUCUUACAGAUAGACUCGUUUUGAUGACGAGUGCUUGAAUCUUUAACUCGAUGAUGUCAGGAGCAGAACGAGAUGUAGGGCGUAGUAAGCUAGAACUUGAACCUCCUGGUAAAGUCUCAUUUCUCUCCCUGUGCUCUCUAGCCAGCCUUUAGCCCAGCUGUGCUGGGACCUUCUGUGCCCCCAUCAGUGUACGAAUGUGUGUCCUUCACCUCGUUUGCACUUAUGUACAUAAAUGAGUGAAAAUAUUCAGAAUUUAUUUUGAAUAUGCAUAGAUAAAUACAAAUAUAUAGACAUAUACAUAUAUAUAUAUAUAUAUAUAUUGAAAAGAAAGCCUGUUGUUCAGAACACAGGUAAACAUCUGUCCUUCUACUGGGUUGUUCAAGAAAUGCGAGGGAUUUGUUGUAUGUUCUUUUUUUGCUAAUGCCCUUGUUCUCACCAUGAGCAUGUUGUUGCUUGCUGAUAAAACAGAUGAAAAUGAAACGAUGCUUUCUGGUUGGACAUAGUUUACAAAAAAUGAGCAUAUUACACCAAGCACUGAGGCUGUCUAUAUCUGACAAACUGUGUUGGUGGUGUUUGGAAACGAAGCAUGGCCCCUAAAUUGUAUGCAGGUGAUGCAUUUGCAUCCAAGAAACCAAAGAAUAAAUAGCUUACUUGUCUUUGUUUAUUUUUUAUUCGUUGCAAAUUGCCUAUUUAGUGUCACAAAAUAUUAUGGUCUUCUAAUUCUGCUUAUUAUUGUUGUUAUUGUUAUUCCUAAUAAUGAUAAUAAUGUAUUCAUGGAUCUAAGAGUUGAAAAGAAAUGGAAUUCAAAAUGGAUCUGCUUGGGAGUUUAGCUCGUCUGUACUGGUGAUGUUCUGCCCCCUGCAGACAGCCAUCGGUAUAACAGCCAGUGAAACCCUUUUCUCAGGAGGGCUGAGCAUCAUCCAAGUACAGGACACACCACCAACAUCAGUGUCAGAUUACAGCAGGAAAACAUUGCGCCUGGUUUUAAGGAGUUUAAGUUACAUUUCUGUAUUUGAUUUCCUCUCAGUGUUCACUCACACACAUAUUCCCCCCCCC